AUGUCGUCCGACUUAACUUUAAACCUCGAGAACCCUGAAAGUUGUUUCAUAAUGAACCCAGAGACGGGCUUCUCCAUCGACCAGGGAGGCGAAUGGGACCUGAGUCUUUUUGAUGAACUUGCCUCCCUGGGAGAUGCAGAUGAUUUAUUCAAGUCCCUUGAGAACCCAGACUAUAUUUGCGGGGCUCCAGAUCUUGACUUUGAUAUUCCUACACCUGCAUGGACUGAUGGCUACUACACAAGCAGUACUUGCACAGAUGGUGAGGCAAGUGCACAUUCUCUGUCACCUUCUCACACCAUGAGUUCCAUCCCCUCCCCCACAGCUGCGGAGACGCUGUCCCCAUACUCCUUACACGAUGAAGCUCUGUCUCCACAGUCACAGCCUUCUCCGGUAUCUGUGUGCUCAGAGUCCAGUGGUUUUUUUGAAAUCCCUCCUACGCCAAAAAAAGCGCUGAAGAGGCCCAGCCAGACCGCUAGAGCUAAACUCGCACCAUCAAGCAACAGGCCUAUUCAAUUGAGCGCCAAAGUUUCCAUCCAACCCAAACCGGUAAUCGCAGCGGUGCCUCUGACACACACUCCUGCUCGCUUGCCACCAAAGACAAUCAUCAUUCAGCCCUUGCAGACCACCAUGCUGCCUGUGGUAAAAGCAGCGCCGAUUAGCAUCCAGCCAGCGCCCUCCCCAGGCCAGCCUCUCAUGCUGUCACAACCAAGCCAGUUGCUACAGAUAAAUUCCCCCCAGCCUGUCACUGGAACCGUGGUUGCCAUGCCAGCACUAGGCAAGGACAGGCCUGUCAUCGUGCCACCCGUGGUCACGCUUCGAAGCCCUUCCUCGGAUGACGAUACCAAGUUUUCCCAGAGGCAACAACGCAUGAUAAAGAAUCGCGAAUCUGCGACCUUGUCCCGGAAGAAGAAGAAAGAGUAUCUGCUGACGCUGGAAGCGCGCCUGAAUUUAGCGCUGUCUGAGAACGCGAUGCUCAAAUGUGAAAAUGGCAGCCUAAAGAAGCAGCUGGAAGGCCUUCUGAGUGAGAAUUCCGUGCUUAAGGCAACGGCCCCCAAGAGACGAGCUGUGUGCCUCAUGGUGGUCCUGGUCUUCCUUGUUCUUAAUGUUGGUCCAAUAAGUCAUCUUCAGGGCAACGCGGGUUCUGGGCUUGAGGUCACAUCCGUGCAACACAGCCGACACCUCUUGGGUUUUUCCUCGGAAUCAGACAGCAAGGUUGUUGAAAGCGACCCGGUCGAAAUGGCCGACAGUGCUGAGGACAAGGCUCUGAUGGUGGUGAAGGAGCAGAACUUUCUCAGGUCCCCGCCCCCAUGCCUGCCACCUGUUAAUAGGACCAAGUGUAUUGAGCUAGCCCAUGAGUUGAGGGGGUGGUUCCACCGUCAUGACGCGCAGCUGACCAAAUCCAGGCGCAUGAAUAACAACCACCUCAGACCCUCCAGGAGCAUUCUGAAAACUGAACAUAAGGAUGCCGAGAGCUCCCAGAUUGUGACUGUUCCAUAUGAGAAAACUGCCAAAGAAAAGACCCCUGGCAGUGAGCUGCAGGUGUACUACAAACCUCCUCACUCAUAUAGUGACUUCUUUGCUGAGAUGAAUCGAAGAGGUGACACAUUUUACAUCGUGUCUUUCCGCAGGGAUCAUCUGCUACUUCCUGCCACCAACCACAAUAAAGGAAGUCGCCCUAAGAUGUCUGUGGUGUUGCCUGCUAUGAACAUAAACGACAGCAUCAUCGGAGACAAGGAGUAUGAAGUAAUGAUGCAGAUUGACUGCGAAGUGACCGACACCAGGAUCCUUCAUAUUCGUUCGGCCACCAUCCCUCCAAUGAUGCGCGUCAACCGCACUCAAAACCUUUACGAGUCCUCCUCGGCAACCUCCAACCCCGCCCCUCCUGUCGGUGUGCUCAUGGGGUUUGCGUAA